GAUAUGUCCUCAGCACCAACUACUCCUCCAUCAGUGGAUAAAGUAGACGGAUUUUCUCGGAAGUCCGUCAGAAAAGCCAGACAGAAGAGGUCACAAAGCUCCUCCCAGUUCAGGUCUCAGGGCAAGCCUAUAGAGUUAACUCCCCUGCCUCUGCUAAAAGACGUUCCAUCUUCAGAGCAGCCUGAACUGUUCCUAAAGAAACUUCAACAGUGCUGUGUCAUUUUUGACUUCAUGGACACGCUUUCAGACCUUAAAAUGAAAGAAUACAAGCGCUCCACUCUUAAUGAACUGGUGGACUACAUUACAAUAAGCAGAGGCUGUUUGACAGAGCAGACUUACCCUGAAGUAGUUAGAAUGGUAUCUUGCAAUAUCUUCAGAACUCUCCCACCUAGUGACAGCAAUGAAUUUGAUCCAGAAGAAGAUGAGCCCACCCUGGAGGCAUCGUGGCCGCAUUUGCAGCUUGUAUAUGAGUUUUUCAUACGAUUUUUGGAAAGCCAAGAAUUUCAGCCCAGCAUUGCCAAAAAGUACAUAGAUCAGAAAUUUGUAUUGCAGCUGUUGGAGCUGUUUGACAGCGAAGACCCUCGAGAACGAGACUACCUAAAAACAGUCUUGCACAGAAUUUAUGGCAAGUUUCUGGGUCUUAGAGCAUUUAUCCGAAAACAGAUUAAUAAUAUUUUUCUACGAUUUGUUUAUGAAACUGAACACUUCAAUGGCGUAGCUGAACUGUUGGAAAUUUUAGGAAGUAUUAUCAAUGGUUUUGCUUUACCUCUCAAGGCAGAGCAUAAACAGUUUCUGGUGAAGGUGCUGAUCCCUUUACACACUGUCAGGAGUUUAUCACUCUUCCAUGCACAGCUGGCGUAUUGCAUAGUACAGUUUCUGGAGAAAGACCCAUCACUCACAGAACCAGUCAUUAGAGGUUUAAUGAAAUUCUGGCCAAAAACUUGCAGUCAGAAAGAGGUCAUGUUCCUAGGAGAGCUGGAGGAAAUCUUGGAUGUAAUUGAACCAUCACAAUUUGUCAAAAUCCAGGAACCCUUGUUUAAACAAAUUGCCAAGUGUGUCUCUAGCCCUCAUUUUCAGGUGGCUGAAAGAGCGCUGUAUUAUUGGAAUAACGAAUACAUCAUGAGUUUGAUAGAGGAGAACUCAAAUGUUAUACUUCCCAUCAUGUUUUCCAGCCUUUAUAGGAUUUCUAAAGAACACUGGAAUCCGGCUAUUGUGGCUUUAGUCUACAAUGUGUUGAAGGCAUUUAUGGAAAUGAACAGCACCAUGUUUGACGAGCUGACAGCCACUUACAAGUCAGAUCGUCAGCGUGAGAAGAAGAAAGAGAAAGAGCGUGAAGAAUUGUGGAAAAAACUGGAGGAUUUGGAAUUAAAGAGAGGUCUUAGACGUGAUGGAAUAAUUCCAACUUAACAAAAAAACAAAACCGCAUUAUUAACCUGUGGAGUCACACAUUUAUGUAGUAGAAGAUGGAGCAACAGUUUUCUGUAUUGUGCAACUUUACAGUAGAUUUCACAUUUGUUUCAUUAUUACAACAGCACUGUAUAUACCUGUCUCUAAGUAAAGGAAAAAAAUAAGGACUUUAAUCCAAAGUUUGGACAGCAGAUGGACUUCUCAGAACUUUGCAAACAUAAUCAUUUGUUUUAACCCUUCUUUAAAACCAGUCUUCAAAGAUCUGUUGAUGAAAAUUGCAAUGUCAAAUUCCAUUGUCAGGACCUGUUCCUUAUUUAUCGUUAGCAGAGAGUAUAAUACAACUUUCAAAUGUGAACAAUCUUAAAAUUUAGCUUGUCUUUCUGCUAAACUGUUACGUGUAUUUAUAGUAAAAGAGAAAAAAGACUGUCAUUUCCUUAUGAGUUUGUGUAACAUCCUCCUUAUCUGGAUAACUUUACUGUAAUUUCACUUUUUUUUUUCCUUUUGCACAUCUUCAUAAGUUGAAUGUCCAUUCAGAUCAGGGCCAUGAAAAGCAUUGGUCCUGAAUAAAAGUAUUGUUUACUGGUGUGAGCAUUUUUUUAGUACCAGGCUGUCUCUGGUGCUUCUUUAAUUUGAACAUUAGGAGUUAAAAAAGCAAGUAGGUGAUAAACAGAGUAGGAAAGAGAGCUUUGGAUUCGUGCACCUAUGUAUUGCAAAUCCAAAUUAGUGUCCACAAUCCUUUAACAAUGGGCAGUGGUAACACCCUGGACUUCAGUACCUAACCAGUAUUAGUGAUGCAGCAUUGGACACACAUACGGGGUUGGUUUAGAAACACUAAUGGCUAAAUUAUUACAGUAUGUUUUUUUUGGACCAUUUAGAAGGAAUAAAGACACAUAUGCUAAACAACACAAGUGUGAAAUUAAUCUCCAGAGGUCAUGGAUCUGAUUGGAAAUUGAGUUGAGAUAGCAGUUUGGACAGUUUGGAGUUGUUGCCUUACUUUUUAAUAUGUAUUUAUAAAGUGUUCCAGCAAAAGAGGAUGUAGCCUCUAAGAAACAUACUUUAGUGUUUUUGUGGUUCUAGUACUAUUACUCAUCACAGUACCAGCCCUAUGGUCUUAGCUGGAAAGGAUUCUGGAUAAUACACUUCUGCAUUCUCAUCUGGAUGCUCAUUCCUAACUACUGUAUUUGUUACCAAAAGUGGUUCUACAAAUGCUACUGAAAAAAAGAAAAAAAUUCUGGAAAUCCUAAUGUUCUGAGUAUUAAUAAUAAAGUUUAAAAUGCUUUUAUAUCAAA